AUGGCACCGGAGGUACUGGACGUCUCCAUGGAGGCAACUGGCGAUGGCUACACCCUGAAAGCCGACAUCUGGUCGUUCUCGAUGCUGGUCUUUGAGAUCAUCUCACUGCUUCCGCCCUACCACCAAUUCCCACACCUCCAGACGGUCGAGAUGAUUCUCAAGGGCACACCACCACCUCUCACCAGCAACAUCUCACCCAAUCUCUCAGGUCUGAUCGACCUUCUCCACCAUUGUAUUGAUAUCAACCCAUCUAAACGUCCAACUGCAUCUCAAGUUGUAUCGAAAUUAGUUAAACUACUAAAGAGUUCAGUUAAAACCCAAUGUGUAUUAAAAAACAAAUAA